AUGCGUCGAGCGUCUGUCUACGGCGCCUCGGACGGACACCAACCUAUCGCUGUUCGUAGGUGGCAUGGAGCAAUCAUGGCGUCGCGUGGCAUCCAGGUGCGACUGCAUACCCAAAGACUGGACGCGAUUCAUAGUCUUCCGGAUGCUUUUCGACUGAGCUGCUUUACCGGCCCCAGUCCGGAUGGAAGACGAUUUUAUGGGGUGGAUGCGGGUCACCGUUUUCUCAACGGUGAAAUCGCUCCGUGUAUCCUAGAGUUUGAGCGCGAUGGAGAUUUCAUGCGAGAGCGGCGCAUCCUGCGCUGUCCGGUGGAUUAUUUUCCCGUAUCAGCGUCGGGUCCAGGCAGGAGCACGGAAGAGACCGAGCAGGGUCCGGUUGCUGGCCUCGUCGAGGCCAUCAAUUACUUGACCUGUGGCGUGAUGCCGUGCCUCGGUUUCGUCGUCGUGGCCUGCUGUGGAGAUUUUUUGGAAGACGCUGGCUCUAUCGUGAUCUUUCGGCCUUAUGCCAGCGAGCAAUCAUCCGGGGAUUGUUUUCCAGUGAAGAUUCGGACGGCGGCUUCGACUUGGUCGGCCUCAGUUUGCGCUGAAGCUCCGCUCUUGGUGUACGGCAGCAAUGCACACACGGUGAAUUUGCUAGAGUUUAGUCUCGCAGGUGCCGAAGGAACGCAGACAUGUGCGUAUGAGGCUGAGCGGGUGAUGCCGGCAACGAUGGCGCCAAACGACGCAUCGUGCCUGCCGUACGUCGCCUCACAGAUUCGUAUUCGCUGCAGGGUGCUUGCACAGCAUGCACACAACAUUCCCUGUGUUUCAUUCGGAGCGAAAUGCUUUGCAGUGGAUGAUGCGCAUGUUCGUAUGGUCGCUUCGGUGUCUCUGGACUGCACGGCGCACUGGACUAGUGUUGUGCCUGGUGUGGAGCGGGAUCCACCGCACGAGUCCCGUGGAAGCGUUCGAUUUCGAGUUUCGCUGGGCACCGGCGGGAUGCAGCGGGAUGGUGGCUGGUUCAUUGAACCCAUACCGUGGUACUUUUGGCAUGCCGGUGCAAUCGUGCUCCUCUCUCCCGAGGCGGCUGCGAAUACAAGGGUUGCAGCGUCGGUGCCGGCGUCGGCGUCGGAGGCGGCACCCAGCGAGCUCGUCGCCAUCGACACCUGUUUGGAUGCGUUUGAGCAGGCCCAUAUCGCCGCUGCCGUCGAUGAUGUUCACCAGGGGUUUCUAACAGAAAAGCCAUUCGAUGGGCACAUUCGGGCGUAUCAGGAAACAAGCGUCUGGCUUAUUGGCACCGGCAGCGUUGUGUCCGUGUGGCGGAUACGCCGGCACCCUAAUGCAGUACAUCCGGAGCGCAUCGCGGCACUGGACCUUGCGCGCGAUGUCCGAGUGCGUCAGGUCUCGCUCUUUGGAAUACGCUACCACGCAUUUAGCCCUGCAUUGGGCAUUCUUGUGGUUGGCAUAGGCAUGCUCUUGCCGCGUGAUGGAGGUUUGCUCAUCCUGGCCGUUGAUCGCUGGUCUGGACGAGUUACCCGCUAUUUAUCGCACGACGCUGCAGCACACAAUCAACGGGGCAGUCGCUCUGAAUUGCAACGUCUGUACGAUAGGAUUCAAGCUCCGGUAUGUGCGAUAUUUUUUGUGGACACUACACUGUACGUGCUUGAUCGAAACCGUGAGCUUCACAUGGUCACCUUCAAGCGAUCCGCCGGACUGGUGUACCAAGCCACUUCUUGA